AUGAACGUCUCACGGGCCCUGCUGGCCCUGCUCCUUGGUGCAUUGAUGUGCCGCACACACUCGCGCUGCUCGCCCACUUCUUAUUACAAAAACUGCUGGAUCCGACACUUCCCGGGCAUCCUUGUGGACACGGGUGAGUCUGAGAGGAGAGGAGCGCGUCUUGUUCGCAGCUACCGGGAGGAGAGUGCGCUCGGGUGCAGUCGGAGCUGCUGCCUGACUACAAAUGUGUCCUGCAACGUGGCCAUCUUUGACUACGCCUCCACCCGAGACAACUGUCUGCACCUUCACUGUCCCACCUUGGAGAGUUGCAUCGUCACCCAGCGACACAAGGUGGUGCUCUACAACCUGACUCACGGUAUGGAUCCUGACUUGUUGGUGUUUGAGAAGCAUCUCACCUCCAGCGUGGGCGUGCUCCCGCAUCACUUCAGUCGCCUCAAUGCUUCCGAGGCUCUGCCCGCCUCAGACAAGCGGCAGUUCUUCCAUCCGCCGCCCCCUGCCACCGUCAAAGCACCACCGAGCAUCACUGUGAAGACACCUCCAGCAGAAACAUCAACCACCUUCAUGGCUUCCCCCGGCGUUACCGUGACAACAGCGCCGCCUGCGUCCCUCUCCACCGAGCGUGGGCAUAAGUCCACGUCCACCUCGCAGGCCCAGACGUCCGUCAAAGAGCGAGGGAGCCCGACUCCAAGCGGCGAGGACAUGAAGUCUUCAGGUUUAGGAGAGGAGUGGCAGAGCCUGCUGGUGGCGCUGUUGAGCUGUGGGACUGUGCUGCUGCUGCUGCCAUGUUGCUGCUGCAGGCGAGGGGGGAGGGGCUACCGAGGCUCCAUGCGUCUGAUGAAGUACAACGUGGUCAAAGAGAGCUCUUGA